CUGAAACUAUCUAGUCGAAUUUAGUUUGUCAAAAGUCAACAACAACAACAACAACGAAAGAAAACGAAAAUGAAAUUGAUUUUCAUCACAGCAAUUUUCUGUCUAUGGUUUUCGUGUUUGUCAACAACAUCCAACGGACAACCAUUAACCAACGAACAAUCGAAUAAAAAAGUAAAAGUAUCUGUUUACUAUGAAACAUUGUGUUUUGGAUGUCGAUAUGAAUUUCUAAAUGUUAUUGUACCAACACGUAAAGCAUUAUGGAAUUAUUUAGAUUUAGAAUUAAUACCAUUUGGUAAUGCAAGAAUUCAUCCAAAACAACAUUCUAUUCAAUGUCAACAUGGUGAAUUAGAAUGUUAUGGUAAUCAAUGUCAAGCAUGUGCCCAGGAUUUAUUUGGUUUUGAAAAAUUUUAUAAUUAUACCCGAUGUAUGUUUGAAUCGGAAAAUUAUGAUGAUCCAACUAUUUCGGCUGAAGAGUGUGCACCAAAAGUUGGAAUAGAUUUUCAAAAAAUCGAUACCUGUGCUAAAGGUGAACAUGGUUAUCAAUUAGCAUUAAAAUUGGGUAAAAAAACUAAUGCCGUACAUAGAAAAUAUGUUCCAUGGAUUAUGAUUGAAGGUAAAACAUAUGAUCCUAGAAAUAAAAAUUUAAAAGAUUAUAUUUGUAAAAAUUAUUUGGCCAAUGAAAAUAUUCCGGCUUGUAAAACAAAAUAAGUAAUUUUUUUUGAAUGCAAAAAAAACAAAACAA